ACACGAGGUAAUACAUAAUACGUGUUGCAUACAUUAAGGGCUUAUGAUUUUUCGUUGACAACUAAAAUUUAACCUAAAAAGGCAAAAGUGUAAAAGUCAUAUGGAAUAUCUAAUUAACAAAAACAAUGCAUAAAAUUCCAUUAGAAGUUAACAAAUACUUAAAGUAUAUAUUCGAACAGAAAAUAUAUAAUCGCAAAUUUUGUUCUUACUUCUUUCUUUAAAAAAAUUGUGAAAAUGGAGCCUCCUCUAGAGCCCCUUGAAUCAGACUGUUGCAACUCUGGAUGUAAUCCAUGCAUUUUAGAUAUUUACGAAGAGCAACUCAAGAAAUACAACCAAAGAAAAACCCAAGAAAAAAAUCAAAUACUGCAUAGGAACUGUAUACUACCUACAGCUUAUACAGUAUUUGUAGUAACCAACAUAGAACCACAUUGUAAAGACGCAGUUUUUAUAACUUUCAAGUAUAGUCGAUUGAUUAAACAAAUUGACCAUGAAAAUGAUACGAAACCUUUAAAGGUAAUUUUUAACCCAGGACAAUACUUAAUGUUAAAAACAGGGCCAACAAACCAAGAAUUCCAAAGACCAUAUACCCCUCUACCUAUAGAAAAUGCUGAAAAUUUGAAGUUUACAGUGUUAAUAAAAUUAUACGAAAUUGGACAAAUGUCUUCGCAUAUAAGAAAAUUAAAACUUGGUUCAAAUACGAUAUGGCGAGGACCAUAUGGCAAUUUUUCUAUAAAUUAUUCAUACAAAAACAUCCUUUUUAUCGCUCAAGGUGUGGGCAUUACAUCCCUUUAUGGUGUCAUCUGUGAUAUAAUCAAAAACGAAGAUUGUGACUCAUUUUUAAAACUUUAUUUUUGUUGUAAAAGUUGUGAUACUAUUUAUUUAAGAAAUAAGUUAUAUAGUUUACUGAAUCACUGGAAUUUCAGCUACGAAAUAUUUUUAAGCAAUCCAGAAAAUGUGGAUGAGAAGUACAACGAGACUGUUCACAAAGUGAAGUUAGAAGUUAAUGUUUUGAAAACCUAUCUGGAGGAUAAGGUUGAUAAUACUCACGUUUUAAUAUGUGGAAAUGAAAAUUUUAUGCAAUGUUUUAAAGAAAUUGUUAUAGAUUGUAAAGUUGAUGAAAAAAAUAUAGUUCUUUUUUAGA